AUGACACAGCUCAAGGCGGCGCUCCAGACGAAGCAAAGCAAGAAGAAAGUAGCCCAUAUUCUUGAUGGCCACACCGGUGACGUAAUAGUAAUCGCACUCAAUUCUCCCAUCCUCCUCGUCAACAAUACGCCCAUCAGCUCGAUUGCGCCCAUGUUCCUCUCUUGUGACAUCCCGAUCAAGGCGCUAGAAUGGACGGUGGUGCUUGGACGUGCCGACCUGGUUCUUCUCCUGGACCGGGGUGCGGGUUCCAACUGUACCUUUGACGAAACUUGA